CCUACAUUUUAUUCUAUUUUAGUACUUAAAAUGCUAAAUACGGAAACUAAGACUCUAUUUUAGUUUCCGUAUUUGACAAUAUAGGAACUAAAAUGGAAUAAAAUGAAGGGACUAAAGAUUAGUCCCUAAAACCAAACACCACCUUACUCCAGUCAGAUUGCAACAGCUUCAAUUGAAGUUCUUAGCCCUGGAAUAUAAAUCCCCAACCUCUGCACCCCGCAACAAUAAUUAUCCUACCGCAGAGUGCCAUAGCCACUGAGCAGAGCAAAACCAUUGGUGUGGAGACAUCACCGCCGUGGGUAUGCAAAGCGGGGAAAAGGGUCCGCCGCGGGUGCUCCUGCGCGGGGUAGCCCUGCUCGUGUGAGUUGUGACUGCUCCCUGCACGGCGGUCGCCCCUGCGUCGGACACCUCACCCCCUGUGCUGGAACUCGACGUCCGUGCUCCUCUGCCCAAAGCCGGUUGCUCCUCCUCCUAUCCCACCUCUCUAGAGCUUCAGUGACCGGGCUGGGAGAGAUGCACGCAGUUAGGAGCUCGGCGGGGACCACCGUCGCGAGUUCAUCGGUGGCGCUCUGUGGCCGGUGUGCUGUGGGUCAAUACCGCGAACGCCCCCUCAACCGUCCCAUACCAGCGGUGGGGCCUGGGCGUGUUGGCCAGGGAGUUUCUUGGGCGCACCUGGAACUGCACCGUGGCGACCGCGGGCGUGAAGGUGUGGGCAUCGUGGAGGAAUUUCUCACUGGUGCUGCGGGCCCGCGCAUCGCCGCGUGCCAUCAUCACCACGCCCGGAUUUUUGCGCGAAGGCACGUGUCAUCUGAAAAGCAUGUUGAUACUUAGAGUCUCAAGUGCCAGGUCAAGAACUGGUAUCACUGGAGGAGGCGCAUGGUGGAUGUGCGCUGUGUUCGUGUGAGGUCUAGGUCAUCGUCUCCCAGUCGACUUUCUGGCGCCAAGGAUGGAUUUUAGAUCCUGUUAUAUUUGUCUUUUA